GGCGAGCCUCCUCCCGCCCGUCCCGGUUCCCGUCCCCAGUGCCCGCUGCGACAGCAGCCCCCGAGGCGACGCACACUAAUUAGAUCUUCCUCAGCCCACAGGACUUGCACACCGCUUCUGCACCCUCCUCUCCUGUGUUCUCCUGUGUCCCCCUCCCCCAGCCUCGUCCUCACGUUGGAGGAUUUAAUGCUGCUUUUAGCACACCUUUUGUGCGGGGGACGUGACACCCCAGAGCCCCAAUUCCUCAGCCGAAUUCCACUUUGUUUUUAUUUGUCCCUCGCUUCCUCUUGGGCUCCUCUCCUCUGAUUGACCUGCGAAGGCUGCUGCUUCUCCAGAGGCAGAGGCAUAAAUAGAUGCUGCUGCCCCCCGAAGGCUUAGACGCUGGGAAGGAGCAGCCAGAGCGGCAGGGGCGGCGGCGGCUGGAGCUCGGCGGAGCUCGUGGGACCCUAUUGGGGGAAUUUGAUCCAAGGAAACUGUGAGAUUGCUGGGGGAGGAGAAGCUCUCAGAUGAUUGUGUCCACUAGCAGGGGGGAGGAGGAGACGGCGGAGCGGACCUCUCGGCGUCCGGCGCACUGCUGCGCCCUGCCCCAUCCCGCCGGGAUCAUGGUCUGCGGCGGCACGGGAGGGAUGCUGCUGCUGCUGCUGCGCGCCGGGCUGCUCGCCCUGGCCGCGCUCUGCCUGCUCCGGGUGCCCGGAGCCCAGGCUGCAGCCUGUGAGCCCGUCCGCAUCCCCCUGUGCAAGUCCCUGCCCUGGAACAUGACCAAGAUGCCCAACCACCUGCACCACAGCACCCAGGCCAACGCCAUCCUGGCCAUCGAGCAGUUCGAAGGUCUGCUGGGCACCCACUGCAGCCCCGACCUGCUCUUCUUCCUCUGUGCCAUGUACGCGCCCAUCUGCACCAUCGACUUCCAGCACGAGCCCAUCAAGCCCUGCAAGUCUGUGUGCGAGCGGGCCCGGCAGGGCUGUGAGCCCAUCCUCAUCAAGUACCGCCACUCGUGGCCGGAGAGCCUGGCCUGUGAGGAGCUGCCCGUGUACGACCGGGGCGUGUGCAUCUCUCCCGAGGCCAUCGUCACCGCAGACGGAUCAGAUUUUCCUAUGGAUACUAGUACUGGAAACUGCAGAGGGACAAGCAGUGAACGCUGCAAAUGUAAGCCUAUUAGAGCUUCACAGAAGACCUAUUUCCGGAACAAUUACAACUACGUCAUUCGGGCUAAAGUUAAAGAGGUAAAGACAAAGUGCCAUGAUGUGACUGCAGUAGUGGAGGUGAAGGAGAUUCUGAAGUCUUCUCUGGUAAACAUCCCAAGGGAUACCAUCAACCUUUACACCAGCUCUGGCUGCCUAUGUCCUCCACUUAAUGUAAAUGAGGAAUAUAUCAUCAUGGGCUAUGAAGAUGAGGAACGCUCCAGAUUACUCUUGGUGGAAGGCUCUAUAGCUGAGAAAUGGAAGGAUCGACUUGGUAAAAAAGUUAAGCGCUGGGAUAUGAAGCUCCGUCAUCUUGGACUGACUAAAAGUGAUUCUAGUAUUACUGAUUCUACCCAAAGUCAGAAGUCUGGCAGGAACUCUAACCCCCGGCAAGCACGCAACUAAAUCCUAAAAUGCAAAAAGUAACAUCAGUGGACUUCCUAUUAAGACUUGCAUUGCUGGACUAGCAAAGGAAAAUUGCACUAUUGCACGUCAUAUUCUAUUGUUUACUACAAAAAUCAUGUGGUAACUGAUAUUACUUCUAUUUUUCUCUUGUUUUCUGCUUCUUCCCCCUGGCCCCACUUUUUUUUUUUUUUUUUAAUGGGCUGGGGACAGAUACUUAAAUAUGUUUUCUAUUUCACUAAUCAUAGGAAUACUGUUCUUUUGCAGUAAUAAUAAAUUAAACAUUGUUGGUACCAGGACCUGUUUGCUGGUGUCCCCAGAUGUUAAUUUACUAUUCUGUGCCUGAACUGGGAAUGCAAUAUUGGACAAAAAGAGAGAUUUCUGGUAUACACAGAAAGCUACAUAUGCUUUAAAACAUCCUCUGCUGAUCUAAUUACAGCCUGAUUUCGUAUGACUUUUGGGCAUUGUCCUCAAUGCUUGGAAAGUUCUAAAUGUUUAUAAAGGUAAAAUGACAGUUUGAAAUCAAAUACCACAUAGGCAAAGCAAUCAAACACCAGGAAACAUUUAUGAAGAAACGACACACAAGAUGAGUUGUUUUUGAGAUUGGCAGGAAGGAAAAUAAAUAAUGUUAGGAGCUGGGGAAAGAACAUUUUGCCUGAGAACACAACUGAAACCAGUAACCGUUGGGGUGUUAACAGUAGCAUUGUUUUCCUGGCAAUGCAUUUGAUUUGUUCAUGACUAUAUUAAUCAGCAUUAGGGAUGUGAAUUAUAACUAGACAUCUGCUGUUAUCAUCAUAGUUCUGUUUAAUUUGCUUUUUUAAAAAUAAACCCAUUGGUGGAAGUGUCCCCCCGCCCGCUUCUUUUAUAAUAAAUUGGACUUGCUGUAUUGAUGAGAAAAAGAAAGUAUGUAUGCAUGUGCACCAGGGUGGUUGUUAUUUUUACAAAGUAUGUAGCUUUAUAAAAUGCUGUAGUUUACAGGAUGAUGAAAUGUGCAAGUUGUGUUUUUUUUUUUUUGGUGUGUGUAUGUCUGUAUUUGUGUACAUGUGUCCGUGCACUCACACCCAAGCUGGACUAAACUACAGGCCUGUGCACUGGCCUGCACUUUAUCAUUGGAUUUGUGCUGUUUAAUGCUCAGUAACGAAUAUCUAAUAAAAGGAAUUAUGGUUGUCAGGAGAGAGGUUCUUCUGACUUUUGAACCAAAUGCACAUUCUCAUUACCCAGGCUACAGUGAGAUACCAGGAACCAUGGGGAACAAAUGAUGUUUUUACUUCCUUCCUCUAGCAGGAUUGCAUAGAGCCUGUGCCAAAUUACUUGAAAUUUCAUUCCCUGCAAUUUACAUAUGUGAUCAUAGUAGAAACAAAUUUCUAAGCUAUGGUGUGCUGACAAUAAAACACUUAUGAAGCAAAA